CAUGUAUCGAACUGACAUUACUAUUUAAAGCAAUGGUAGACAUCGUCCAUAACACCAUAAAGUAAUUAGUAAUUUAAUCCAAUAAUGAUCCACAUGAUCAAGAACUUCGACUCAGAGAAUUGUUUUAUUAUGAAUUAGAGCAUCUCUAGUUAUAUGGAGAAUCUGAUAUAGAUGAUGAGAUAAAAAAUAACUCAAUAUAAGCCGGAAUAAUAAAGUUGCCCUUUCCAUUGAAAAUAUUGAGUAAGUACAAUAAUCAUUAUAGAGCUAGCAUAAAGUCAUCCAGAGAAACCAUCAUAAAGGGCAGGUGUUUCAACUUGGUUAGAUGGCAACUCUUUAUAAAUUAUGUUGCAGU